AAAUUUAAAAUGGCGGCUAUUUGAAAGCAGGACAGGAGGAGAGAGAAUAUUCGUUUUGUAGUGAGAAAAGGAACAUUAUGUCUUUAGAAUUGAGUUACUUACAGCUUAAGACUUCAAACGAGGCCAGAGUAUCAGAGGAGGUUCAAACUGAGCAGAGAAGAAAGUGUCUACUAGUUUUAAUAAGACAACAUUUGGAGGAGAACGGGUUUUUAGACACCAGUCGUUCGUUAGAUAAGGAGGCGGGGCCGGCUCUUAAGAAGUAUGAUGUAUGUGACAACAUUGACCUCAAUACUGUAUUACAGGAGUAUGAGUCUUAUUAUUAUGUAAAGUUUAAGAAACAGCCGAAACUGAUAAAGAAAGUGGGUGGAGCUAGAACAGAGAAAGUUUCGGCCAUUAAUAAUGCAAGACACUUGCACCACCAGCACCAUCCACUUCCAUAUCACAUGUCCCUCCCCCUCCUCCCCUCCUCCAUUGCUAAGGACUAUACUGAUAUUGAUCAGUCCUCAAGUAAGAGUGAGACUGGUAUCGUUAAUGUAGGGGGCGUGGCACCAGUGGGAGGGGCAGUAGGUAGGAGGAGGAAACUGAGGAGAAUAGAGAAUGGAUUAUCCAGUACCAGUACCGGGUCCCCCAUUGCUCCUAGUGUAUCAGUACCACCUGCUCCUCCUCCUCCUGUCGCUGGGGAGGGACUGGAGAUUGAAGGUAACGUGUGUACUACUGUACCUCCUCCUCAGGGGGGAGGGGGCGGGGCUAAAGGAAAGAAAGAGGAUAAGAGAGAAGAAGAAACAAACCCUCAAGACAGACUACUAAAACCUCUCGCUGGGUUUGCUGGUUAUAAUUCCGAACUGAGAGACUUAGCGGCUGUUAUAUCAAGAGAUAUAUUUUCAGAUAAUCCUAAUGUGAAAUGGGAUGACAUCAUCGGACUGGAAGAUGCUAAAAGAUUAGUUAAAGAGGCAGUUGUAUAUCCCAUCAAGUAUCCUCAGUUAUUUAAAGGUAUCCUGUCUCCAUGGAAAGGAUUACUAUUAUACGGACCUCCUGGUACUGGUAAGACAAUGUUAGCUAAAGCAGUGGCCACUGAGUGUAACACAACAUUCUUUAACAUUUCUGCCUCCUCAAUAGUCAGCAAGUGGAGGGGUGACUCUGAGAAACUUGUCAGGGUGUUGUUUGAGUUGGCAAGGUUCCAUGCCCCGUCUACAAUAUUCAUGGAUGAACUGGAAUCAAUAAUGGGACAGAGGAGUGGAGCAGCUGGAGGUGAACAUGAAGGUAGUCGAAGAAUGAAGACAGAAUUAUUAAUUCAAAUGGAUGGACUGGCUCGCUCUAAUGACCUGGUCUUUCUAUUAGCUGCUUCUAACCUACCAUGGGAUCUUGAUUAUGCUAUGUUAAGGAGACUGGAGAAGAGGAUACUGGUUCAAUUACCAACAGAAACUGCACGAGAGUCAAUGUUCAGACAUCACUUACCACCAGUCCUCACUACUGAUCCAAUAUCAAUCACCUCCACUGUGGAGUAUGACAGAGUAGCUAAAUUAACAGAAGGUUAUUCAGGGUCUGAUAUUCAGUUGGUGUGUAAAGAAGCUGCUAUGACUCCACUAAGGAAAGUGUUUGAUUGUCUGGAAUCAAUGAAUAAAGAUAUUUCCUCUAAUGAUGCUAAGUUAUUAGAGUGUAUUAAAGUAGAUCCAAUAUCUACUACUGAUGUUAUAACUGCUAUUAGUCACACUAAACCAUCAUCAGCUACUGGACUUAAUAAUAAAUACACAUCAUGGCAAAAACAAUAUGAGAGCUAUUGAGGUUUAAUUACCAAUAAUAUAAUUUUAUUUAUUAUAAUGUAUAGAUUCAUUUUAGAUAUUUCUUGUUGACCAGGUUGUAUAUAUUA